CCAGGAGGCAGUAGUUCUAGCAGAUCAUCAGGUGACAGAACAAGAACUUCAGAAGACAGGAGGAGGCAAGACUUUUUCCAUCAUUUGAACACACGUGCGAUACUCAGCAGAGGGCAGCAGAGCAGGGACCCUUACGGAUUUGUCAUUGGGAAGCGGAACCAUUCUUUGACAAACGCGGUUCAGCGAG